AUAAGGGCAUGUGUGCAUAGUUAACUGAUUGAUUCUUGAUGAACAUUUUAAAAUUAUUACUCUUGUCACCCCAAGUACUGGUAGGUCUACUUUACUGACUCAUAACAACAAUUGGCCACUUAACGGCGCAUACCAGGAAAAACUAUGAGUUUGAAAGAUAAUUAAUAAUAAUUGUUUGUUUUCAGAAACGGAUACUGUUUUAGCCUAAACAGCUCAGUAUUUGCUCCACUUUCCAGAAAGCCGGUGGAUUUAUUUGAAAGGGCAGCGGGCGCUUUCCAUGGUGCUGAAUGGCUGUUAAAAUACAGUGUUCCUUUGAAAGUGUUUCAGAAUUCCUACAAGCAACCCGCGAAAUGUUGUCCAGCAGCGCUCGAAACUUCGCUUAUCUUCUCGCUCACCGCACACGCUCAAAAGGUGGGGUUUGUUAGUGCGUUGCUUGAGACGCCGGCUGCCUGUGGCUAUUGGAAAAAAAGGCUUCUGAAAUCCCAGUCUCACCAUUGGCAAUGCAAAAGCAGGAGGGGCCGGAACAAGGACAAGAGCGCAGUUCACCUGUGUUUCGGGAGGUAGCCUAGCAGUGUGGUUUCUGCUCUACAGAGAGAAGACGCAAUUCGAACCGUUCAUUGUGACAUGAGAAAAGUGUCGCUAGCCAUGAUUUCAACGUGCAGGUGAAACCGGAGAAGAUGUUUUUUAUUUCAGUCCCACUGCACAACUUCUAAAACAAAAACCAAUAAUUAAUCUUGUUUAUCGUCCGCGAGCGCUCAAAUAUUUCGCGCCACUCUCUCAGACGUCACACUUUCUCAAAAACUAUAAACUGUUUGGAGUGAAAACAAUGUCCCGCAAAAAGGCGGGUAAGGGCAAAAACGCCAACAGCAGCCCGACGACAGGCAUCCCCACCGGAAACCAGAAGGGGGAAACUGGGAAGAGCACCGCAGGGACGGGGAGCGUGGUGCAGGCGAACGGUAUGGUUCAUCCGAGCAGACCCUCACUCAGCAACAGCAGCGAGUUUUAUGACAUCGCAUUCAAGGUGAUGCUGGUGGGAGACUCCGGGGUGGGGAAGACCUGUCUGCUGGUGCGCUUCAAAGACGGAGCCUUCCUGGCAGGAAGCUUCAUCUCUACUGUGGGCAUCGACUUCAGGAAUAAAGUGAUGAACAUUGACAGACUGAAGGUGAAGCUUCAGAUCUGGGACACAGCUGGACAGGAGCGUUUCCGCAGCGUCACACACGCCUACUACCGUGACGCCAAUGCUCUCCUGCUGCUGUAUGACGUGACCAACAGAACAUCUUUUGACAACAUCAAGGCCUGGCUGACUGAGAUCCAUGAUUACGCCCAGCAGGAUGUGGUCCUGAUGCUGCUGGGAAACAAGGCUGAUGCCACACAGCAGAGGGUGGUGAAGAGAGAGGAUGGAGAGAGGCUGGCCAAGGAGUUUGGGGUUCCAUACAUGGAGACCAGUGCAAAGUCUGGCCUCAAUGUGGAGUUAUCCUUCACUGCUGUAGCCCAAGAGCUGAAGCACAGGUCUAUGAAGGAGCCCAACGAGCCCAAGUUUAAGCUUCAGGACUACGUCAACAAGGAGAUGAAGAGUGCUGGAUGUGCAUGUUAGAACACUGGGUGUGUGUGUGUACGUGUGCGCGUGCUAGCUCGUGUCCUUCUCCAUGUCAGAUGUGUUACACUCAUACAAGGUGAUGUUAUAUGACUACCUGUGGCCUCAGCCUGUGAGAUAGAGAGCCGAUCAUGUGUGAGAUAUACCUACGUCACUAACCACCCAGUUUGUCUUUCCUUUGUCCUCUAUGCUCUCUGAAAUAAUCCAUUAUGUCCAUAUUCUAAGGUUAUCUGUGAGGCGUCUCACUCCUCUCCUCACCUCCCUCUUUUCCUCUCCUUUCUCUCUUCACCUCUCUCCCAUCUCUCCUCUCCUCUCCUUUCUCUCUUCACCUCUCUCCCAUCUCUCCUCUCCUCUCCUUUCUCUCUUGUCCUCUCUUCACCUCUCUCCCAUCUCUCCUCUCCUUUCUCUCUUCACCUCUCUCCCAUCUCUCCUCACCUUUCUCUUUCCUCUCCUUUCUCUCUUCUCCUCUCUUCACCUCUCUCCUUUCUCUCUUCACCUCUCUCCCAUCUCUUCUCUCCUUUCUCUCUUCUCCUCUGCUUCUCCACCUGCAUUGCUUGCUGUUUGGGGUUUUAGGCUGGGUUUCUGUACAGCACUUUGAGAUAUCAGCUGAUGUGAUUUGAUUUGAUUUGAUUCACCUCUCUCCCAUCUCUUCUCUCCUUUCUCUCUUCUCCUCUCUUCACCUCUCUCCCAUCUCUCCUCACCUUUCUAUUUUCCUCUCCUUUCUCUCUUGUCUCCUCCCGUUUUCUGGGACCCAUUGCUCCACCUCCUUCUGCAUCUGUGAAUGUACUUCUAUAUCCAGCCAUGACUCUAACCCCAUCAGUGCUGUCUGACACUGUUAACCCUAUGACUGUCUGACACUGUUAACCCUAUUACUGUCUGACCAUGUUAACCCUAUGACUGUCUGACCAUGUUAACCUUAUGACUGUCUGACCAUGUUAACCCUAUGACUGUCUGACACUGUUAACCCUAUGACUGUCUGACACUGUUAACCCUAUUACUGUCUGACCAUGUUAACCCUAUGACUGUCUGACCAUGUUAACCCUAUUACUGUCUGACCAUGUUAACCCUAUGACUGUCUGACCAUGUUAACCCUAUUACUGUCUGACCAUGUUAACCUUAUGACUGUCUGACACGGUUAACCCUAUGACUGUCUGACCAUGUUAACCCUUUGACUGUCUGACCAUGACUCUCCAACCAUGUUAUCCCUAUGACUGUCUGGCCAUGACUGUCUGACCAUGUUAACCCAUGACUGUCUGACCGUGUUAACCCUAUGACUGUCUGACCGUGUUAACCCUAUGACUGUGACCGUGUUAACCCUAUGACUGUCUGACCCUGUUAACCCUAUGACUGUCUGACCCUGUUAACCCUAUGACUGUCUGACCCUGUUAACCCUAUGACUGUCUGACCAUGACUGUCUGACCAUGUUAACCCUAUGACUGUCUGACCAUGACUGUCUGACCCUGUUAACCCUAUGACUGUCUGACCCUGUUAACCCUAUGACUGUCUGACCCUGUUAACCCUAUGACUGUUUGACCCUGUUAACCCUAUGACUGUCUGACCCUGUUAACCCUAUGACUGUCUGACCCUGUUAACCCUAUGACUGUCUGACCAUGUUAACCCUAUGACUGUCUGACCAUGACUGUCUGACCAUGUUAACCCUAUGACUGUCUGACCCUGUUAACCCUAUGACUGUGACCGUGUUAACCCUAUGACUGUCUGACCCUGUUAACCCUAUGACUGUCUGACCCUGUUAACCCUAUGACUGUCUGACCCUGUUAACCCUAUGACUGUCUGACCCUGUUAACCCUAUGACUGUCUGACCCUGUUAACCCUAUGACUGUCUGACCCUGUUAACCCUAUGACUGUCUGACCCUGUUAACCCUAUGACUGUCUGACCCUGUUAACCCUAUUACUGUCUGACCCUAUGACUGUCUGACCCUGUUAACCCUUUGAAUGUCUGUACCCUCUAUUACCCAUAGAAUGACUGACUGUAUUCCUCCAUGUAUUUAAUCCUCCUAGUCCCUGUGUGAACUUCAAAUUCGGCCUAACUGGUCAUUUUCAUGGUGCUUCGAGCCAGAUAGUGUAUAUUUUCCUGGACCACUCUGCAUUACCCUAUGACCCCCGUAUUUAACCUUAUCACUGACUGACAACCUCUUAUCAUUGACCACCUAGCUAUGCGCUUCCAGAACCUCUCAUGACUGCAGCUUCCCGUCUAGCUCACUCAAACUAGCUUAUCUAGAACCACUCAAACUAGCUGAUAGAGAACCACUCAAACUAGCUUAUCUAUAACCACUCAAACUAGCUGAUCUAGAACCACUCAAACUAGCUUAUCUAUAACCACUCAAACUAGCUGAUCUAGAACCACUCAAACUAGCUGAUCUAGAACCACUCAAACUAGCUGAUCUAGAACCACUCAAACUAGCUGAUCUAGAAGCACUCAAACUAGCUGAUCUAGAAGCAUUCAAACUAGCUGAUCUAGAACCACUCAAACUAGCUGAUCUAGAACCACUCUAACUAGCUGAUCUAGAACCACUCAAACUAGCUGAUCUAGAACCACUCAAACUAGCUGAUCUAGAACCACUAACUAGCUGAUCUAGAACCACUCUAACUAGCUGAUCUAGAACCACUCUAACUAGCUGAUCUAGCUACUGUUUUAGCCUAUUACUUUUUGUUGAUUAUUUUGCUUAACAAGCACCUUGAGAUUCUGUCUGUAAUGAAAAGAGCUAUAAAAGUUUAAUCAAUGAUUAUUAUUAUCCCUGGGUUGACCCCAUGACCCUUGCAGUCUACCUUCCUAUCACUGUAUGAGUCCUGGCUUAUGUCCCAAUUAUCACUCCUUUCUCCCAAAGUGUGCACUUGUUGACUUCCCUUCACUGAUCUGAAAGGGUUAGUAUGAUUGGUAUAAAAUCAUGAUGGAAACUAGCCCAUACCUCCACCAAUCCAAUGCUUUUAGAUUUGUGGUAAGUAGUAUACAUGUGCACACUUCAGGAAAAAUAUGUUUAUUGGGACACACCACUUAUAUCCCCUAUCACUGAAUGAACCUCCAUCACUGUCUUACUCGGUUAAAAUCCACUGUCAGUUCUCCUGCCUGAUCCAACGUGUUCAUAAUAAGAAAAGGAAAAGAGAGAAAGUCCCGCAGAGCUCAUCGUAUUAAUGUAUCCCUGUACAGUGUCUGGAUGAAUGUAUAUAUUGUAUGUAGUCGAAUGUAUAUAGUCAGGUCAUUGUCGGUUGUCAGGCUGGCUCAGUCUCACAGUACAGAUGUAGGAUCUUAAUUUGAGCCAGUUCUUGACCACAGGAAAAUAAUCCAGCAGCAACUGGAAAUGUGAAUUAUUAUGUGGAUUAAAAUGAAUGGACAUUUUUGUAGGGGUUGAUACAUUUUCGUUAAGGCAAAUCAAGUCUGACAUUUUAAAGUGGAAAUUACAAUCUUUAGAAGCCUUUUUAAACCUGGAAUACAUCACACAUUUGCUUUUCCUCUCAGCGACAAAGAGUGAUCAAAUUUAAGAUUCUACAUCAGUAAGUCAUAUGUUCAGGCCUUUUCAGCCUACUUCAACUCACCAGCAUUCUAAUCUCCUACAGUGGUAUUCAUUUAUAACAAGCAUUUUGCUAAAGAUCACCCAUAACCGAAUGUAGUGAAAUGUAUAUUCAACGUUAAAGUCAAGACAUUGAUGGAAAAUGUUAGAAGUUAAAGUGUAGUGUCUUACCUGUCAAUCAAGAUAAAGGCCGUUUUGAAUUCAGUGGCAAUUUCAAAAUCACUCUAAAGUCCAAUACAUCUAAAGUAAGUACAGUUUUAGAGAGAGAUUAUGGUUAAUGCAUACAUCUAUUUUUCUGGUGGAAAAAUACUAAUUACGAUGUACAAAAUGUUGAAUUGAUUUAAGUUGUCUUUUCCUGACAGUAACUGUUUAGUCGAGCCUUCCGUAGAUCUCUUGUAGUUGUGGUAAGUGUAGAGCUAGUUGUGGUAAGUGUAGACCUAGCUUGAUAAUGAAGCCUUGAACCUAGAGAGAACUCAAAUUAAGCAAAUAAAAUAUUUUUUGGUGUAUUUUGUCUAAAGUGUUGUACAUUCAUUUGGAACGAAAUAUACAAUAAUGAAGAAAGGGAAACCAAUAAUAUUUUGCAAUAUCUUUAUGACUUGGCUAUUGUUUCAUGUUGUUUGAAUCAUCAAUACUCUUUUGCUGCCUAUUUUUGUAAUAUACUGUAUAUAUAUGGUGAAUGUCAUGUAUAUAAAGGGUUUGUCAUCUUUAAAUGUUUAAUCAGGGUCAUAUCUUUUGAAAAUCUUCAAGGAUGUUUGUAUUUACAUGACAUUUUUCUUUUCUUCCUUAACCACAAAUGAAGAUGUCAUUUGAUUCUCAUCUUUUAUCAGUUCUCGGUUAAUAAUCAGUAUUUCACAAAGAUCCUUCAUGUACUUUCAGUGUAUUACCAUCAACAUCCAUAGAAACAGAAUAUUAAAUGUACAGUAUUUACAUCAUUUGAAAUGAGAUGUUCAGACAAUGUAUUGUUAUACCUUCAUGAGAUGUUUUAUUACUUUUCAGUGUGAAUUGACUUUCUUCUCAAAUUAAAGUUCAACACAAUAAAGAUUACAACAAAAUACUA